GCUCCACAAUGUCCUGGAGAGCUUGUAUUCUCAAGCUCUCAUUUUGGCCAGAAUGAGUAGAAGCGAACGCGUCAUAGAAAAUAUUGGUGCAACUUUGUCACUGACAGACCCACCGUUGCAGGCACGUAGAGGCGGCUGUCUUCACCUGCUAGUGGAACUCAAAAACGGGAACAUCGGUAAAAGUGUGCAUACUUAGUACGUGAUAGGUAUCCUCUCCUACCCAAAAAUCCUGUCCUUUCUCCAUGCUCAUUUGUGCAGCAACGGUCUAGUAGGCAAUGACGGAAAUGCGUUCCGAUAUCUACCCUUCACUUCAUCAUAUGUGUGGAUCUAGCACUGGCACAAACAUUGACUCGGAAACAAACAGACAGCCGAUCCGAAUCCACGUGUCCUGUAACUUACUUUCCCGUCAUCGGUCAUGAUUCCCUGGAAUUCUACUAAAGCCAAGGUACAGCUCCGCAUAUCCGUACAACGACUCAGGACUUUACAACAAAAGAAGGAGGCCCAGGCCAAGGCUUCGCGUCGAGAUAUUGCCACCCUAAUUGAGCGGGGAAAGCUUGAAACCGCCAGGGUUAAAGUUGAGACCAUAAUCAAUGAGGACAUUCAUAUCGAGCUUCUGGAACUCCUCGAACUCUACUGCGAGCUCCUCAUAGCUCGUUUCGGAAUUCUAGACAUGAAUUCCCGAGAACCCGAUCCGGCAAUCAGUGAAGGAGUUUGUUCGAUAAUAUUUUCUGCCUCCCGAACCGAAGUCAAAGGCAUAAGCAAAAACCCCUUUCACCAUGUCAACUGCUUUCUUAAAUAUUCUCUUCCAGAACUUCAUGUGCUCCGCGAUAUUCUCAUGCACAAGUACGGUCGAGAUUUCUCUGUCGCCGUCAUGGAGAACCGUGAUGGAUGCGUCAACGGUCGCGUCGUUCGAAAGCUGGACAUUGCCACGCCUUCGCUGGACCUGGUCAAUGCAUAUUUGGCAGAGAUAGCGAAGGCUUAUGGCGUUUCUUGGACGUCUCCGAAUACAAGUUCGGACGAUAACACAGGUGAAAGUCCCAAUGGAGGUGUGAAGCAAACGGCCGCUGAUGAGGAAAAUUCGCCACCUGCGUAUAAACCGGAGUCAACGGCAGACCGUGGCCCCACACUCCCAGCAAUUCCGCCGACCAACAUUGAUGGUCCAGACAACAAGAAAUCAAUGUCGGAAGAUGCAACAAUAACAUCCGUUUCAAAAGCCCAACCGGCGACAACGGACACGCUAGAAGACGAGUUUGAGGCAUUGAAUAGACGGUUUGCGGCGCUCAAGAAGAAAUAGUAGUGACAGGUAGGUUUUGUUGUGAACAUGUAUGUAACGUGCAAGUCAGAAAGCUGUAUUUGAAUAAUAUUUAGUGCCGCAUGCUGCGAAGCUCCUGUGUGGCAAUCAUCAC